ACUGCGCAUGCUCCAACCCACGUGCUCUGUCUUAAAGUUAAAGUAUCAAAAUGAGUGAAGAUGAAAUAAUUCGUAAAAGAUUGAUAAUAGAAGGCGAUAGUGGACAAGAUGACAGGAGGAUAACUAACCUUAUGAAGACAUUCCUGAAAUGGUGUGACACUAAGAAUAUCACUGAUGAAGAUAACGAGACAACCUACCAGAAGAUGCUCUUCACACUAGGGCAGGUUGAGUUUGCAUUCAUACGUACUGAGCUCGUCCACUCAAUGAAUAAACAGGAAAAGGUUAAUUAUGAGGAUUUAGUGUCCUCAAUUGAUAAAGAUAUUUGCGAUACCCAAUUGCUAAUUGAAACACUAAGAGGAAAGCUAUCUCAGGCAAGAUUGGUUCAACAGCAUCGUCAGGAAUAUGAUGCAAUGGCCGGGGUUAUAAUGAAGACACCAGCCAGACAGGAGACGACUGAGCGGAUAAAUCAGCUCGAGAAGCAGCUGGAAGGAUUAGCCGUAAAGCAAGCACAAUUAGUUGAGAAGCUUUCAAUUCACAGGAAGCAGGGAUACCUUUUAUCUUUUGCUUUGCAUCAAUUGAUUGACAUUUUAGACAACGAACAGUCGGAUAGCGACGAUUAUUCGGCACCUAUGGACGUUGCUUGAGUUGUUUUUUUUUUCAUUUUGUUAUAGACUAGACAAAUACAGUCAAUGUAUGAUUAUUAAAUUCUGUUAUUUUCUUUUUCUGUACACGAUACAGGUUAACAGUUAUUAACCAAUCCUUUGUUUCAACUUGUA